CCGUAUUUUUUCGAAUUUUCAGGAUGAAUCUCUGAGAGUGCUCAUCAGAAUGUGAAGAAAUGGCUGGUGUGAUGACCGAUCGUCCGGGUUGGGAAGAUCAGUGUGACAGACACGCGGAAACUUUCGCUUGCGAGUUUGCCUCAUGGUUUCACAGUUACCUGAACGAUCAUCGGAUUGCAUCACCCUUGUCGCAUCGCGACGUUACAGAUAGGUUCAUCACGAAGUUCGUCACUUUGUUUGAGCAACAGGUGAAAUGUGAAACGUCCGAAGCCCCGGAGACACCUGACGACUACUCGGACCCUGAGGAUGCUAAACCAAAAUGGAAGUUUUCUCUGAAGAAUUUUCAGGGAAAGAAGCUUUUCUGCAAACAUGACAAAGUUUACAUCAACAAUCGUGCGAAAGGUGCGAAGACACAAUUGGCGAAAAUUGUUGUUGAGUGUUUGAAGGAAGGGACAGUUAACUACCAGACGGGGGAUAAUUUGGAAUGUCCUGGAAAAUGGCAGAAGUGUAGAUUGGCUUUAGUAAGGACUGCUGGUGGGCAAAUGUUGGAGUUCUAUUCACCUCCGAAGUCUCUGCGACCGCGAAAUGGGCUAUUUUGUUUUCUGAUCGUUGAGGCAAGAGAAACUACUGCGAUGGAAUUACCAGACAAAGAAAAUGCAUUUGUGCUGAAAGCUGAUGGAGGAGUGGAAUUCAUCAUUGAGACGAAAGAUACGGCUGACAUGCAGUCUUGGCUAGCAGCCAUUAAAGCCACGAUGGGGGAGUCGCAAAGGAAUCCGUGGGGAGUUGAAGUGGAGCCUCAUUUGCAGGAUAUUAGCUUGUCAGAGCCCAGCCGAAGGGAGGACAGAACGACGGAGUCUUCAAUUGUGUCGGAUGGAAACCAUAGUUUGACUAGGGCUAUUCCUCAGCCGGCUGCCCGACAAGAUGUGUAUGCCAUGCUGAGAGAUUAUCCAUGGUUCCAUGGAACUUUGUCGAGAUCUGAUGCCGCCCAGCUGGUGUCCCAAGAUGGGCCCUCUGGUCAUGGUGUUUUCCUGGUAAGGCAGUCAGAAACCCGUCGUGGGGAGUACGUCCUAACCUUCAACUUCCAAGGAAGAUCUAAGCAUUUGAGGAUGACCAUAAACCCGGAAGGUCAUUGCAGGGUGCAGCAUUUGUGGUUUUCUACGAUAUUCGAUCUACUAGAGCAUCUCAGACUUCAUCCUAUUCCGUUGGAAAGUGGUGGGUCUUCAGAUGUCACACUUUCUGAGUAUAUUGUGUCCUUGUCUUCGCAAAGGACUCCCCCGCCAAGACAUUCGAAUACGCAGUUACCUAUGCCAGAGUUGAGGGUAAUAACCCAUGGCGGUUCGGAAGGUGGAAACACCAUGGCUUCUAAAAUUCGAGAGAAGCAAAUAGCGGCGAUACAUCGCAUGUUGAAUUUGAAUGUGCCGAUGCCUCCAGCAAAAAACAUUACGGCUCUUGAACCCGUUUGGAAAGUGUUGAUCUAUGACCGUGCUGGACAAGAUAUAAUCUUCCCGCUGCUUGGUGUUAAGGACUUGCGUGACAUGGGAGUCACACUACAUCUAUUGCUACAUUCCGAUCGUGAGCCUAUCCCAGAUGUUCCCGCUCUGUACUUCGUUCUACCGACGGAAGAAAACGUGCAGAGAAUUUGUCAAGAUCUGCAGCAGGGAGUCUAUGAAUCGUAUUACUUCAAUUUUAUUUCGCCGAUAUCUCGUCAAAGAUUAGAAGACAUCGCAGCUGCCGCAAUCGCGGGCGAGUGUGUUGCCCAAGUUCAUAAGAUAUUUGAUCAAUAUCUUAAUUUCAUAUCUCUUGAGGAAGAUCUAUUCAUGCUCAAACACCAAAGAAACGAAGCGUUUUCGUAUUAUGGUGUGAACCGAGGAGAUAUUAAGAAUGAAGAAAUGGAGUCAAUCAUGGAUUCAAUCGUCGACGGCUUGUUCUGUGUGUUCGCUACUUUGGGAACUAUACCCAUCAUCCGCUGUCCUCGUGGGAAUGCUGCUGAAAUGGUCGCAGAAAAGCUCGACAAGAAACUUCGUGACAAUGUUCGGGAUCCGCGGAAUUCUUUGUUCAACUCCGCGGAAUAUAGUCCUCAAUUGAGCUUCCAUCGUCCAUUACUUGUCAUCAUAGAUCGGAAUGCGGACUUAGCCACUCUUCUGCAUCACACGUGGACCUAUCAAGCAUUAAUCCAUGAUGUACUAGAAUUGGACCUGAACAGAGUUCAAGUUUCCCAGCAGAAGAGUCAUGCUGGAGAGACUUCGAUGGGGAAAAUGGCAGGCAAGCGGUAUGAUUUAGAGCCAUCAGAUUUAUUUUGGACGCAACGAAAAGGCUGCCCUUUUCCGGAAGUUGCGGAAGCCGUGCAGGAAGAGUUGGACCAAUAUCGUGCGUCAGAGGAUAAAGUGAAACAGCUGAAAAGCGCCAUGGGAUUAGGUGGUGAUACAGAGAACGAUGAAGCUAUCAGUAUGAUUUCAGACAAUACUGCAAAGCUGACUUCUGCUGUUUCUUCGCUGCCUGAAUUGUUGGAGAAAAAGCGGUUGAUCGAUUUGCACAUGACGGUGGCGACUGCGGUACUAGAUGAGAUCAAAGCUCGUAAACUAGACGUGUAUUUUGAAAUGGAAGAGAAAAUCAUGAGUCGGAGUCAGUUGGAUAGAAGUUUGAUGGAUAUGAUCACUGAUCCGGACUUCGGCACACCCGAAGACAAACUUCGGCUCUUCCUCAUCUGCUACAUUUGUUCCAACCCUGCUAUUUCGCAGGUGGAGCUUGAUCAAUACUCAACUGCUUUAGGAAAUGCAGGUUGCGACUUGGCUCCCCUCCGUUAUAUGAAAAGAUGGAAGGCCUUUUCUAACCUUGGACAAUCGUCCUUAGCGUCUCAGUACGGAGGCGGUGGAACCAAAACUGUGAACAUGUUCAGCAGACUAAUGACCCAAGGAUCCUCCUUCGUGAUGGAAGGUGUGAAGAAUUUGGUGGUGAAAAAGCAUAAUCUUCCAGUGACCCGAAUAGUUGAGUCCCUUAUGGAGCAAAAGACUUCCUCCGAAGUUGAAGAUUACCGCUAUUUCGACCCGAAGCUGCUUCGUUCCGCCGCGGCAGGAGAUGGAAGUGGUUCUGGUGCCCGUUCACGCGUUCAAUACACAGAUGCUGUCGUAUUCACCGUCGGAGGUGGAAACUAUAUUGAAUACCAAAAUUUGAUGGAUUACGCGAAGUCUCGUGCGGGAGCGUCUGGAACUGUCGGUGACGGCGUGUCUGAAAAACUACACACGAAAAACGUGAUCUGGCAUGACCUGGAAGUGCGAAUUUUGUUGCAAACUAUGAACGGACCUUGUCCGCUUGUUGCAAUUUGCAAUGCCCUUGUUUUGUUGGGACGGUUGAAGUUGCCUGGUGAUGACCUGGUCGAAAUGGAAGAUCUUCUUAAUCUCAUCGGCGACAUGGUUUUCGAGGAUAACCCGGGGAGUUACGAGAACGAAAGCCUCCGUGAUUUACAGGAGAACAUUAGUUCAGCUUUCAAUGUUCUUGCACAGCUUCGCACUGGACUGGAUGUGAACGUGAAGUUCAGCGGGGUGAGCGAUUUUGAGUACACGUCAGCGUGCAUAAUUUUUGAUCUCCUGAGACUCAAGCUGUAUCACGGUUGGCUCGUCGAGCCCGAUGCUCCCAUGGCGGAGGUGAUCAAGAAAUUUAGCUAUAAUCGCCUCGUGGAAGCUGCCUUGGUUGAUGAAUCUGUAGUGAAAGAUGACGUGGAUGCUUUGGCGCUAGCUGAAGCUGCCUCGGUGUUCUUGGAGAGGACUCGUUGCCAGCUGACGUGGCAUGGUCUCUGUGAGCUGAACGACAAUGUUCAGGAGAGAGAAAUUGCCGUGCUUUUCAGGAACAACCAUUUUUCGACAAUCUACAAGCACAAGGGCCAGUUGCUCACGUUAGUAUCGGAUAUCGGCUUCAUUGACAACGAUGAGGCUGUGUGGGAAACCCUGACGUCAGUGGAGGGGGACUCUGUGUUUCUUGACGGGAAAUUCCGAGGUCCCAACACCGAAGUUGAUCGUGUGGAAGACGGUUUUCUUGUUUUGGAAAGUGCAAAACGGUCCCCUCAGUCCUCGGAGGAGCCUCAGCUUGAAGUGGCAAAAGAGGCUAUGGAUCAUCAGAUCGAGCAAGAUUUUCGCUGGGCUCUCAAGUUGGACGAAGAAGAGAAAGAGCGACAUCAGCAGUUUGAGAAGGAUUUCUCCUUUGCCGAACAGCUGGGGAAGGACGAUCAGACGCGUCUGGAGUACAACCAAAUUUACAACAAAGCGCGAAAUGCUCGAUCUGAAAGAAGCAGUGUUGCAGGGCGAAUACCGGACCGGGUUUCGCCCAUGUCGCGCCAACCCUCCACGAAGGAGAAGAAACGGGACCCUGAUCGAAGUGAAGAGGUUCGGAAAGUGCCGAUAGCGAUUUCAUUCGCGACGAGUGCUAAACGUUCGAAUCAAGUCGACCCAGAUGAAGAAGACUGGCGAUUCGCUGAAAAAGAUGUGCGGGAAUUUUUGCGCAUUCCAUCUUCCGGUCACAAGGUUUUCGUCUUACAGCCCUUCAUCAAAUGGGGCACGAUGAAGAAGCGUCACACUCGACCCGAGCUUCAAAUCACGGAAUCCAUUGCCCUGGUGAACACCUUACCGGGAUGGACUGUUGUUGGACACGAAACAGUUUCUUUGGAGAGUAUCCCGAGGAACAAGACGAAGCUGAUUGGGAAAGGGAAAACAGAUCAUAUUCAUCGGAUUUUGGAAAAUCUGGAUUCGAAACCCUCCGCUGUUUUCUUUAAUCAUGAUUCGCUGAGUCCGGCGCAAAUUAAUUUCUACCAGGAGGAAUUUCACAUGCCAGUGUUUGAUAGAUUUGCGAUUGUUCUGCAAAUAUUUCGAUUGCACGCAAGGACUCGGGAAGCGAAAUUGCAAGUCAGCCUCGCGGAAAUUCCUCUUCUCAGAAAAUCGGUGACAGCACGAAUAGGAACAACUACUUGCGGUGAAGAAACUUGGAAGCUUGAGAAAAUUAAGCUUCGGCUUGGUUCCCGAGAAUCUCGCUUGAGAUCCCAACUUAGCGAAUUGCGGCAGCAUCGAGAGCGAAUAAGGAAAAACCGGGUUCGAAAUGAUUUGCCGGUCGUCGCCGUUGUGGGUUACACAAAUUCUGGAAAGACGAGUUUCAUCAAGUGCAUGACGGGCGAAGAGAAAUUGAUACCGAAGGAUCAGUUGUUUGCCACUUUGGAUGUUACCGCACAUGCUGGAACGUUGCGGAGAUCCGGGAUCAAGAUUUUGCUGAUUGACACGGUGGGAUUCGUGGCGGAUGUUCCGAUUCCACUCAUCAGCUCCUUCAGAGCCACUCUGGAGGAUGUUUUGCUGGCCGAUCUUGUGGUACAUGUAAAAGACGUCAGCAAUCCCAAUUUGAUGCAUCAAGAAGAAUCAGUCCUAUCGACGCUCAAAGAACUCGGAUUGCCUCAACCCAUGUUCGAUUCCAUGAUAACGGUGGACAACAAAGUCGAUUUAGUUCCUGGCCACUCGCCCAGGAACGCCAUUCCAGUUUCGUGCAAAACGUUUGAAAACGUACAGCUGGUCGCAGAAAUGAUUGAAGAGAAGUUAAUGGAAGCCAGGAACUUGAGGUUGAUCGAAUUCCGGGUCUCACCUGGAGGCGAAGAACAUUUCUGGCUGAAAUCCAACUGUGCCCUAGUUGAAGAAUCCGAUCUCAACGUUGGCGGACAAAAGGCAGUGUUGAAAGUGAUCAUGGCAAAAGAAGGAAUGAUCGAUCAGUUCCGAAGAACACUUCGCUAUGAAAAGCCGAGCCCGUUUCGGAGACGAAUCAAUUUUGAGCGGGCAAAAUGCGUGUACAAUGAAGACAUGGCAAGGAAGAUCCAAUUUUGCAUGCGGAAAAACCGGGAUGAUCCUUACCCUGCAAACCAAUGAAGAUCCCCGAUCCAAUUGGACUAGUUUGAUUUCGAUUCAGUGAGCUCGUGUGAGAAAGUGAAAUGUAAUUCUUUUGCAUACAAUUGCACUCAUUUUCUUUUGAAGAAAAGGUAUGUACUGUAGUCAUAAACUCUACUUACCCCAGGAGGAAAAAAAAAAUCAUGAGACGAAACUGACCGACUUCGUUGCAUGUAUUAGUGAAUCACUCGUGAAGACGAACCUUGAUUUCACCUUGGAUUGCAACAGCAAAGCCUGAAUGGAUUAUUUUGUGGAAAUAUUUGCGCGUCAAAACCACACGGAACCUUGAAUUACCAUUUGGCUUGGCUCAUGAAUAUUCGUUUCAAACUUCAUCGCGUUGUUCAUUCGAAUCUCCUGCAUUUUUCAAGC